UUGGUGUCCUCAGGGGGGUUUCUGUCUCCUACCUCCUCUCCUCUCCUCUCCUCUCCUCUCAUACACGCUGCUGCUAACAAAGGAGACAACAACAGAGGGAUGCUGCUCGCUCAGACAACAAGCCUGUCAGAAAAAGCUAUAAGAAACUGAAUUGUUUAUCUCUCACGUUGUGGAUAUUUCUUCAUCUUCUUCUUCUGCGGGACGAAUUAAAGCAACGUUACACCAACUAACGAAGCUGCGACCCGGCGGACCGAUUAAAAGCGUCUUUCCUUGGCAUUUAACCAUGUUGGACUGCCAACACUAGAGCCGAAUAACAGAAGAGAAAGAGUCAGACAUGCCUGUAUAAGAUCGCUCACUGACUGUGCUGCAGCACGCACAUCCCUUCCAAACUGGUCUGACUAGCUGGUGCACUCUCGCAACAACAAACGUCUACUGGUUGUGAGGUGAUGAUGAUGUGCUCACAUUGACCUUUGCCCUCAAAGCCUGACCUCUGAUUGGUCAGGGCUGGGAGUUAAACGCACCGUAAGAGAAGACUCCAGCCACCAUGUCUGUUCAGGAAGCAUCCCAACGGCCCACGUCGCCUUCACCCCUCAAACCUGAGGCCAAACCGAGACCGGAGAUCCCUCCAAAGCCGUCGCCACAACAACCCAGCUCCCCUCCUCUGGGAAACAUGAGCAGAAGCCCCUCUGGAGGGAAGGUCAAGAGGAUUGUAAACAAAUUUAGCAAAAAGGAGUCGAAUGAACCAGUGGAGCAACCCACCAAUGGUACUGCAGAACGAACGACUAUUAAACGGUUCAAAAGGCCGCCUACGGUAAAGCCUAAACCUGGCCGCGCCAGUCUGCAGCUUCAGAUCGGGGCGGAGAAGGCGCCUCCGCUGCCUGCGAAGAGGAGCCGCACCUUGCAGAGGCAGCGAGAGAGCGAGGGAGGAGAGGAGGGGUACGGCAACAUCAAUGUGGAGGGAGGUCGAUCAGCGCCUGAUGGAAAAGAGGUGGAGAUACAGCUGAUUGGAGGAGGUGAAACGGAGGCGGAGCACAGUCAGCACACACUUCUCAGUCCAUGCUGCGACUCGAGCUGCAGCUGUGUGUGCCACCGCCAGUGGCCCGGCAUGAAGCUAAUAUGGGUGCCCGUGGACGUGGAUGAUGGCGGUGAGGAGGAGGAGGUGGUGGAGGAGGAGGAGGGGGAUGAGACUGAUUUUGAAGAGCAGGUGGGGGAGGAUGAGGAGGAUUGGGAGGAGGAUGUGGAGGUAGAGGAGAGGGGAGAAGAAUGGGACAGCGAUGCAGGGGAUGAGGUGGACAGGACGUCUGUGGUUGAUGAGAGCGAAAUAUUGAAACAACAGAAGGCAAAGUUCCAUCAGUGUUUGGAUGUAUUGAUGUCUGAUGGUCACAGGAGACGUUCGGACCCGGGCCCUCACUCUGUUCUCGCCUCCCUCGCGCUCACUCGCUCCCAGUCUCCUCCUGUUCCCCCAAAACGAGCUCAGUCCCCACAAAUCCACCACUUGUCCGCCCAGAACGAAGAGGAAAACAUUUACGAGGCCACUCUUCCAGUGGUCAACCCCACUCCUAAAAAGACCGCACCUAAAAUUAAGGAACCGGAUGUUCCUCUAAUCAAAGUACUCAAACCAGCCCGCCGGUCUAAACUGUCCUACAGCACCUCAGACCCCUCAUACGAGUUUCAGAUGAACACAAAGCCCACCUCGAGCAAAGACGACUUGCCGCCCGCCGUCCCGCCGAGGAUGCCCGUGAUUCAUGACAGCCGCAACCUCACGCCGGUGCACCGAGGCGGCAUUCCUCUCCCCCAGCCCACACUGGAGGAGUGGCGCAACUUGCGGCCCGCUUCCCCCGGCAGCGGCUACACCGGCAGCACGCUGAGCCCCCAGAAGGCUCUCACUCCACCCCCACCCAGCCCUCACAGAGCCCCACCUCCACCACCAAAGACGGAUCCCAGGAGGCUCAGCAGCGUCUCACUGCAGUCCCUCACACAGAGAAGAGAAGGGGAGGAGAAUGGAGGGAAUGAAGAAGAGGACACAGUGGAAGAACCGCGUCCAGUCAGGAGCGGCUCCCUCCGGAGGGGGUCUUCGUUCAGCUGGGAGUCCCGGCUGCAGGAUGAGCCUCUGUACCAGACGUACCGUGCUACUGUCAUCACCAAGGAGAUCCGACGCCAGACGGUUUGUCGCAACAUCAGUAAAGCUAGUGUGGACUAUGCCAUGGACUUUUCAGCCCGUCGCUCCGGUAUUGGAACUGUUGCUGGUGCUGGUGCUGGUGCUGGUGCUGGUACUGGUACUGGUACUGGUACUGGGACUUUAACUGCAACUGGAAAUGGAGCACCAAAGAGCAGCCCUGUGCCCACACCGGGCCAGAGCACCCUGUGGCAGGACCUCCCAGCUGUGCGGGAGGGAGGGGUGCUGGAGCAGCUCACCCCUGAGCAGUGCAAGUACCAGGAGAGUAUGUUCGAGGUUUUGACAUCUGAGGCCUCUUACCUUCGAUCCCUGCGAGUCCUCACCGAACACUUCUUGGACAGCCGAGAGCUGGAGGAGACGAUGAUCAUCAGAGACAAGAAAACCCUCUUCUCCAACAUCCUGAGGAUCCGAGAGGUCAGCGAGAGGUUCUUGAAGGACCUGGAGGACCGCAUAUUUCCGGACCUGGUCUUCCCCGACAUCUGUGACAUUAUCCACUACCACGCCCAGCACAACUUCCCAGCCUACAUCGACUACGUCCGCAACCAGAUCUACCAGGAAAAGACCUACUCCUCGCUCUUGAAGAACAGCGUGCCGUUUGCUACGGUCAUCACUCGUCUCCAAGAGUCGCCUCUAUGCCAGCGGCUGCCCUUCAUGUCCUUCUUGCUGCUGCCAUUCCAGCGAAUAACACGCAUCAAAAUGCUCAUUGAGAACAUCCUGAGGAGGACAAAGGAGAGGACGAAAGAGGAGCAGACGGCCUCCAAGUCUUUGGCUUCGGUGUCGAAGAUCAUUGACGAGUGUAACACGCAGGUGGGAAAGAUGAGACAGAUGGAGGAGUUGAUCCACGUCUCUCAAACGCUGGAGUUUGACAAGCUCAAGGCCCUCCCGAUCAUCUCCCAGACACGAUAUUUGGAAAAGAAGGGAGAGCUGCAGGAAAUGUCCAAAGGAGGAACUAUCUUCAACAUGAGGGCAAAGUUCACCCCCGUCUACCUCUUCCUCUUCAACGAUCUGCUCAUCAUCGCUGCCAAGAAAGGUGCGGAGCGUUUUGUGGUGCUCGACCACGCCCACCGCUCUCUGGUGCAGGUGCAGUCGAUAGACGAAGGCGGGGGCAGCUGCGCCGCCUACGAGUACUGCUUCAACCUCACCCUGCUGGAGAACCACCAGGGACGCAUGAUGGAGAGGCUGCUCAAAGCUCCCUCCACGUCAGACAAGCACAGGUGGAUGGCGGCUUUCCCCAACCCCACCAACCCAGACAGAGAUGAAGAUGAAGUGAUUUACGAGGACUGGGAUUGUCCUCAGGUGCAGUGCGUGGAGCCGUACAUCGCCCAGCAGGCUGACGAGCUCACCCUGGAGCCCACUGAGAUCAUCAACGUCAUCCGCAAAACCAACGAGGGCUGUUACGAAGGCAUCCGCCUGUCAGACGGUCAGAAGGGCUGGUUCCCCGUGGGAAACGUCAUAGAGAUCACCAACGAGCACGUGAGGCGGCGAAACCUCCGCGAGCGCUACAGAGUCAUGCAGGCCGCGAGCGUCGUCGGCAAGUCCAACACCUAUCAUUAGGAUCGAGGAUGUUUACACUAAAAAAGAUUAUUUUUAAAAAGGACGAUGAAUGGAUACAAACGCCUCGAUACAAAGACUAUUCAGGGACAUAUGUAUCAGUUUCUAACAACCAGGAAAUGAAAGAUAAAAAGGAGAAGGGUGACGAUCAUGACACAUGACGACAGACCUGCAAUCAUCACGUUAUUUAUACUACCGGAGUACGGGAGCUGGGAGCUUGAGGUAGAUCAUUUACUACUGACACUGACAAACUAUGGGAAUGUGAAUGCAUGCAUUCAAUUACAGAGAUCGACAUAUCACAGCAUUACAGCUGUAGAGUUUCUCUCCCUGUGAGCAUGCAGCCCUGCAUCAAUGUCAUGCACUGCUGUGAAGACUGCACAUUUGAAAUGCCAAUCAUUCUACAAAUAUCAGACCUGCCUGCUGCAAAGAAAAGAGUUGGGUGUUCCUGUAAACGCCUCGUGUGUGUCACAGUUGUUAAGUCCUGUCAUUCCUGCCGUGCACAACAAUCUAUCUUGUGUCACUACGGUGGCCAGAAAACAGGAUAGGACAUGUUUUUAUGAUACAAGAAUCCUUACUCUUACUUAUUCAACAUUUAAAAAAGACAAACUUUUUUUUUUUUUAAAAGAAAUCUAAAUCAGGAAGUGCCUUUGAAUAAACUCAAAACACGGAACUACACACCUAUCCGGAUCACGUCGAGCACAAGAGCUUUGAAAAAAUGCAUGUAUAUGUGUGCUGAGCUGUCGUCGUGCUGUCCACUACCUUGUUAGCUUCUGUCAGUAGACGUCGUGGAAUAAUACUGUAGCUCCCCCUGCAGCUUGUUGUCAGUAAAGACGGGAUAUUAUGUGUGGAUAGAUACGCUGUAAAAUGUACAAAAUGUUGUAAAUAAUGAGUGGGGGGGGGGGGUUGUCUCCUUCAAAAAACAGUCGUAGUGCUUUUAAUAAAAACUUGUGUCUUUUUA